AGACCGGUAUAUAUAAAGAUACAUCUUAAAAUAAUUUGCAACUAUCAUACUUGAUAUAUCUCAUGUUACAGGCUCUUAAAUGGCUUCUCAGGUAAAUGGAUCGAAUGUUGUCUUCGAAGAAGGGAUUGCAAAUUUUUCCAACUCCUUAUAUAGCAAACUAGACAGAACUGGAAACGAAUUCAUUUCGCCCUACAGUAUCACGUCAGCAUUGUUACUUCUUAUGCUUGGAACCGGGAAAACGACUAAAAACCAGAUGAAAUCUGUUAUUUUCGAAUAUGAAGAACCAGAUGAUAUCGACCAGGGAUAUAAACGUCUUAAUGAUGAACUUUUAACGAGAACAACAAAAGGAGUAUCAAUAUCUAUUGCAAACAGGUUGUUCGCCAGGAAAGGUCUAAAUCUUUUAAACACCUUUAGUACGAAGGCGUCGACAUAUUAUGGAAGUGAUGUUGAACUCUUGGAAUUUCAAACAGACGCAGAAAAGUCACGAUUGACAAUAAAUGAUUGGAUUUCAAAAAAUACAAACAAUAUAAUAAAAGAUAUGAUUCCAAAAGGUGCAGUUGGUGCAAAUACUUUAGUAGUAUUAGUAAACGCUAUUUACUUUAAAGGUACGUGGAAACAAGAGUUCAACAAGAAUGACACUACACAAAGAAACUUUUUCGUGAAAGCGAAUGAGCAAACGCUAGUUAAUAUGAUGCAUGGUGAGUUUGAUGCAAAGUCUGGCGAGGACCUUUCACUUGACUGCAAGGUUUUACAACUGCCAUAUCAGGGAAAUCAGAUCUCUAUGAUAUUUGUUUUGCCAAAUUCUGGUGACGGACUCUCCGAACUAGAAAGUAAGCUUACCAUAGAUGAUGUCGAUUCACUUGUAAAAGGUCUCAAGACACAAAAGACACUCAUAAGAAUACCCAAAUUUACAAUGACAAGCGAGUACAAUUUGAAGCCAAUUUGUACAGCUUUAGGUUUAACGGAAAUAUUUGACGACAAAAAAGCGGACUUUAGUGAAAUCUUCGAAUCCGAUCAAACACGCGUCAGCGUGACUAAUGCACUUCACAAAGCUUUUAUUGAAGUGAACGAAGAGGGAACGGAAGCGGCAGCUGUUACAACAAUAACUGUUGGUAUAACUUCAGUACAAGAUCCUAAACCACAGCCAUUUCAAUUUGUUGCCGAUCAUCCAUUCCUGUUUUUGAUUCAGGAUGACGAAACAGGUACACCGCUAUUCAUUGGAAGAUAUGCAAGACCAUAGUGUAUAGCAACAUAUGUCUGACCAUUAUUUUUUACAAAAAUAGUUAACAAGUUAACAAUAUUUACUGAUUUUGUUUAUUUUUACUUUAAUACAAUUGGACAUGUUAUAUCAUGCAUACAUAUCUGCUCAGCUAGUUAAUAAAAUCUGAGUUGUUUCGAUCA